AUGAGGCCUUAUCAACUGCAAAACGGUCUGACAGCCUUACUUUUUCUAACAGUUGUAAUAAAUUGUUUGGCCAACGAAAUGAUGACCCCGGGCAGCGACUUUGCUAGGCUUGAGAAGAAGGGCGUUGCCGUGGCGACAUUUUCACAGGAACGUGAACAAAGCGGAGUCGUUCGGAAUGUAGGGGUGAACAAUGUCGUUGACCAUAAGAAAGAUUCACCGCACUGGAUAAUUCACAAAGAAAAAGAACAUAGAUCUGCACUAAGAUUUUCAGGGAAAGAUGUGAAGAACAAUGAAGUGCGAUAUGACCCUACCUGGGAAUCUAUAGAUUCACGUCCUAUACCGCAGUGGUACGACGAGGCUAAGAUUGGUAUCUUUCUUCACUGGGGUGUGUUCUCAGUUCCGAGCUAUGGGGGAGCAUGGUUCUGGUAUUACUGGAAAGGACCUAAUCCAGAGCUUAGUGUUGUUGAUUUUAUGAAGAAUAAUUACAGACCAGGCUUUACCUACGCCGACUUUGCGCCCAUGUUUACUGCGGAGUUUUACAACCCUGAUCAGUGGGCGGAUAUUUUUAAAGCAUCAGGAGCAAAAUAUGUUGUCUUGACAACAAAGCACCAUGAGGGUUUCUGUAACUGGGCAACAAGGUACUCAUGGAACUGGAAUUCUGUGGAUGUAGGGCCCAAGCGUGAUCUUGUAGGUGAACUGGCAAGUGCAUUGCGUAAGAAGGGAUUGGCCUUUGGAGCCUAUCAUUCGCUGUUUGAGUUUUUCAAUCCCUUGUUUCUGAGAGAUCAGGCAAACAAUUUUACUACCCAGGAAUUUGUCAAUGAAAAAGCUUUGCCAGAGCUGUAUGAACUCGUCAACAAUUACCAGCCAGACCUUAUAUGGUCUGAUGGGGACUGGAUGGCAAAUUCUUCCUACUGGAAUUCUACCAAAUUUCUCGCAUGGCUCUACAAUGACAGUCCUGUGAAAGACCGUAUUGUGGUUAAUGACAGAUGGGGCUCAGAUGCAGAGUGCAAGCAUGGAGGCUACCUUUCAUGUUCGGAUCAUUUCAAUCCAAAAACAUUGCAGAAACGUAAGUUUGAGGAUGCUACCACAAUGGACAAAGAUUUUUGGGCUUACAGACGCAAUAUUAACAUUGAGGAUCUUAACACAAUGGAAGAAGUUACAACACUCAUUGCACAAGUUGUCAGCUGCGGAGGAAACUUGCUGAUUAAUGUUGGCCCUACCAAGGAGGGAACCAUAAUACCAGUGUUUCAGGAACGUUUAAGACAAAUGGGACAGUGGCUGUCUGUGAAUGGUGAAGGAAUCUAUGCUACAAAACCAUGGACACACCAGAACGAUAGCGUCAAUCCUAAUGUUUGGUACACAAGCACAAGAGCAGACAAUGGAACGGUGAUCAAUGUCUAUGCCAUUGUUCUCUCCUGGCCAGAAUCCUCCAACCUGACACUGGCCAGUCCCGUGACGACUGCCAACACAACGGUCACCAUGCUCGGAUACAACACCCCAUUUUCAUGGUCCCCUCUGGCAAACUCUGGCCUGCAGAUUCAGAUCCCAGCUAUCCCUUUCAAUCAACUGCCAUGCAUGUGGGCCUGGGUUUUUAAACUGACUAAUGUUGCCAAUUAA